CAGAGGAUCACCUUACCUGGCAUCAUUACAUCCAUCUUCGUGGCUAUCUGUCGGAAACUGUGUCCCAAAGCAGAAUAUUGGUCAGUCCGUUAGUCAAAUUCUUACAGCCAAAGGAACAACGAAGACCAAACUGACUUGACCCUCAUGUGAUUGAUUGAUUUCUCAACUACAAUUCUUCUGGAAAAUCUCAAAGUCAGCUGGCUAUGCAGUCCGAAUACGAUGUUAGUACUCUGUACCAAGAAGCGCAUACUCGUUGGUUGAAACCUCCCGAGGUGCACUUCAUUUUGCUGAAUCAUGAACGAUAUCGGCUAACAGAUAAGCCACCUCAUAAGCCUACAAGUGGAUCGGUGUUGCUUUACAAUAAAAGGGUUCUUAAGUUCUUCCGUAAAGAUGGUCAUCAAUGGAAGAGAAAGAAGGAUGGUAGGGCUAUUGCCGAAGCUCACGAACGUCUUAAGGUGGGUAACGUGGAGGCUUUGCAAUGUUACUAUGCACAUGGAGAGCAUGAACCUUCUUUCCAGAGGCGUAUCUACUGGAUCCUAGACCCGGAAUACGAACAUAUUGCCCUUGUUCAUUACAGGGAUGUGAGUGAUGGAAAAGAGGGAAAACACUCUAGUGGAACCGUUGUGCAGUUUUCACCGAAUCCUUCGAAUCUCUUUUCAAGUCCAGUCUCCAUUGGGACUCAGAAUGCAAGCUACAGUCACCUCAUUGGUGAUUCUACCGACAUACAUCAGCACCAUUCGUCUACUUCGCCGGGUGUUAACUCUGACGUUGUCUUUAAGAGUAACGGAGUUGAGACCACCCCGAAAGGCAGUGGAAGUUCUUAUGAGUUUGAGACCAGGGAGGCUUUAAAGAGGCUUGAGGAACAACUUAGUCUUGGUGAUGAUAAUAAUGUUGUUCAUAACGAAAGUUUGGAUGGUCUCCAGUUUCUAGACUUUAGUACGGAUGUUGAUCACCUUGUUCCACCACUAGCGACUGUGCAUCAGCGACCAGAGAGUAGCAGCAAACUAGGGAGAUGCUACGGAGGGUAUGUUGGAGGAGCCCAAUAUAAUGUGAGUACUGUAGGUUCACCACUCCAUAGUUUGAAUAGUCUCCUAUCUUUAGAGUGUACGGAGGAGAUCAAUGCUCAACCAGCAGCUGGACAUCAGAGAGCAGAGAAUAACAGGCUGGGGAGAUGUUACGGAGGGUAUAUUGGAGCUGAAUAUCAUUCCAACAAUCUCAUGCUCGUAAAGAAUGAUUCAGGUGGUAGUGGAGGGAGUGGUGAUCAAAAGGCUGAAUCCUGGAAAGAUGUGCUGGAGGCAUGUGAGGCUUCUAUAGCUCUUAACUCUGAGGGAAGCACACCAAGUUCAGCUAAAGGAUUGCUAACUGGAAUGCAGGAAGAUUCUAACUUGAGUUACAGCAACCAGGCUGACCAAGCUACAUUGUUGUUGCCUCAAGAACUUGCUUCUUCUUUUGAACUUCCUACUUGUUAUUCUGAGCUGGGAGCUCUAGCAACUAAUGCCAACAACAGUAGAAUGGAGUUGCCUUUCGAGCAAGUAAUGAAUCAGACAGUUGCAUAUAAGCAAAAGUUUACUAUCCAGGACAUAUCACCAGAGUGGGGUUACGCUAAUGAAACUACAAAGGUGAUAAUCAUUGGAUCAUUUCUCUGUGAUACAACAUGGUCUUGCAUGUUUGGGAGUACUGAAGUUCCUUUUGAGAUCAUUAAGGAAGGCGUUAUACGGUGCCAAGCCCCUCCAUGUGGCCCUGGCAAAGUGAAUCUAUGCAUUACUUCUGGAGAUGGACUCUCGUGUAGCCAAAUAAAGGAGUUUGAGUAUCGUGAGAAGCCUGAUGACACGUCUUGCCCUUGGAGCAGUCGAGAUGAGCUUUUGUUACUUGUAAGGCUUGUGCAAACACUUGUAUCGGACAGUAAAAGUAACCUAGAGCCAUGGAGCCAUAUCUUAGAAACGAUCCUAGAUGGCACUGCAACAUCAUCAAGUACUGUUGAUUGGCUUCUACAAGAACUGCUUAAAGACAAGCUGGAUGUGUGGCUGUCUUCAAGACCCCGCCAAGAUGAAGAUCAAACAUCUUGUUGUUCUCUGUCAAAGCAAGAACAAGGCAUUAUUCAUAUGGUUGCGGGCCUUGGCUUCGAGUGGGCACUCCAUCCAAUUCUUGCUCGUGGAGUCGGUGUGGAUUUUCGUGAUAUUAAUGGAUGGAGUGCUCUUCAUUGGGCUGCACGUUUCGGGAGUGAAAAACUGGUGGCUGCCCUUAUAGCAUCAGGGGCAUCAGCUGGAGCAGUGACUGAUCCCACUGCCCAAGACCCAGCCGGUAAAACUGCAGCUUCAAUAGCUGCCUCUAAUGGCCACAAGGGUCUUGCAGGUUACUUAUCAGAGGUGGCGUUAACAGACCAUCUCUCCUCGCUCACACUCGAAGAAACCGAAAGUUCUAAAGACACUGCGCACUUACAAGCAGAGAUGACUUUGAAUUCCAUCUCGGAACGAAGCCCACAUUCACUGAAAGACACGCUGGCUGCAGUGAGAAACGCAGCUCAAGCAGUUGCGAGAAUCCAAGCAGCAUUUCGUGCACAUUCGUUUAGAAAGCGACAGCAGAGAGAAGCAGCUAUGGCUGCUUACUUUCAAGAGUAUGGGAUCUAUGCAGAUAUCAAAGGGGUCUCGGCCAUGUCUAAGCUAGCCUCUGGAAAUGUAAAGAGCUACCAUUCGGCAGCUUUAUCUAUUCAGAAGAAUUACCGUCGCUAUAAACGCCGAAAAGAGUUUCUUUCGCUUCGCCAGAAAGUUGUGAAGAUACAGGCUCAUGUUCGAGGUUACCAAAUAAGGAAGCAUUACAAGGUUAUAUGCUGGGCGGUAGGGAUAUUAGAUAAGGUUGUACUGAGGUGGAGGAGAAAAGGAGCUGGGCUAAGAGGGUUCAGGCAAGACGUAGAAGACAGUGAAGAGGAAGAUAUUCUCAAGGUGUUUCGUAAGCAGAAAGUAGAUGCUGCAGUGAACGAGGCUUUCUCACGUGUUCUGUCCAUGGCUAACUCUCCAGAGGCUCGCCAGCAAUACCACCGCGUGCUCAAGAGAUACUGUCAGACAAAGGCUGAGCUUGGGAAGACAGACAUUAGGAGAGGUGGUGAUGAGGAUGAAGAUUUGUUUGACUUGGCUGAUAUGGAAGAUGACAGUUUGUUUGCACUUUAGAGGUUGUAGUAGUGUGUAGUAAGUAGAUUUAUGAAGUUUCAAGAGUGAUAGUUUGGUAGAGUUGCAAUGAAGAAGAAAACAAGGCAGAAUGAUGUUGUUCUUACUUGUUAGUAGUAGUGGCUAGCGUCUGUAAAUGAUCUAUUUAGUCUUUAUGGUGGCUAACUUAUUUACAUAACAAGUAUGUAUUUACUUUGUUUUG